AUGGCCAACUAUGACAAAGGCCCAGCUGGCGAUGUCUCAGCAGGAGCUGCUGCACCCGAGAAGGCCCAGGAUCGGAGAGAUUCCACGGGCCAGACUGCCCCGCGCCAGCAACUGCCGUCCUUGAGCAGCCUCUUUGGACCGCCGUCGUCCUUGCGGUCGCUUCGCACGCCGACCGACCGUGACGGCGCCUACCCGGCUCACUCGCCUCUCGACAGGCCUCGGGCCUCACCUGGUGUUGGCAACAGCAGCCUCAACUCGUACUUUCCCGCAGCUACUUCGCCCCCCGUUUCACAGCCUCGCAGCACCUACGAUGUAAGGUAUGAUACGGAGAGGCAGAGCCUACACUCGCUCGCUCGCACGUUUUCUGCGCCGCGCUCGCCAAAUUAUCGCGAUCAUUCGCGCUCUGAUGUUGACGGCAGGAAGUGGUCGGUCCACCAUGAUGCGGGCCGACACGAGUAUUCCUUGGGGUCUCGCGACGUCUCGUUCCGGUCUCCUGGAGACCCGGCACGAGGUCACUUUUCUGGAUCGAAGGACUCCGGCCUCGAGUUCUCUGAGCCGAGGCCGAUUCACGGCAGCUCAAACCCGCCGCCCACUCCGAGCAGCACCGUCACGUCUGAAGGGAUGCCGUCGAAGGAUGGGUUGGGCCCUAAGAUCUGGACAGGAACCCAUUUCCUUCCACGCUUCGUGCGGGCUGCCGAGGUCCCAGGCGAGGGCAUGUGUUAUUUCUAUGACGAUGGCAGCCACUGCAAAACGGUCAUCGAUGGCGAAGCUGUGAACGCUCACUGGGGAGUGACCAAGGCGGGCAAGCCCCGCAAGAGAUUGGCAAUCGCCUGCGUCACCUGCCGGGAGAAGAAGAUCAAGUGCGACCCCGACUAUCCGCGGUGUGUUCAGUGCGAGAAGUUUGGCCGAGUCUGCAAGUUCAAGAACGCACCGAGAGGAGGACACAACACAUCUCCGUCGACGCCUCCUGCUGAGCUCGACGACGCACACCGGCUUGGUGGGCGCUCGAGACACCAUGACGGAAGGAUAUCCGAGAGCGGAUCCAGCCCUCCUGUGUCCCCUCGGGCGGAGAGCUCCCCGGAUGGUGGCUACAGCAAGCGGCUUAAAGUUGGUCCCGAGUCGUAUGUGCCCAACGGCGAACCAGUCAUGUCCUCGUCCCGGCCCCUGGACCACUCGAAGGCGACGCCGCAGCCGCUUCAUCGCCCUCCUCCCGAGAUCCUCCCUCGAAUUCCCGACGAAGUCCUUUCUCGUGCUUGGAGCACUGAUCCUUACGGGUCCGAUCCGGAGUCCAUCAGUGCCGUUCUCACUCAGUUCUUCGGGCAGGUCGACAACACCAUGAUUAUGCGUUUCUUUCCCGAGAAGAUCUUCCGAUCCUGGGUCUCUUGCCCCCCUCGCGAGAAGACGGCCGAGGACCUGAUGGUCCUCUACAGCGUGCUGGCCAUUGGUGUAGCGCUUUCGGGUGGCCCCAAGCACAUCGCCUAUGAGUACGCCCAGGUAGCGUACUUUGCGCAGAAAAUGACGACUACCGCGUGCCUGCAGCUCGUCCAAAGCCGAAUCCUCCUCGCAGUAUAUCAUAUUUCGACGUCACGACCCCGGGAAGCCGCCGAACUCAUCUCGUCUGCUGCGGCCACUGCGGCGUGCUUGCAGCUCAACCGUGAGUUGGAGAAGCCAAGGGACGAGUUGUUGUCGGCCUACCCCUUUGGGAUGAACGGCAUUGGCUACUGUGAGGCUCGACGCCGGACCAUGUGGUCUCUUUUCAUGCUGGAACGACUGAACACGCUGCUCCCCGACCGCCCGAUCAUGAUUCACGCCGAGGAUAUAUAUGUCCGGCUGCCGGCUGAUUCCGAGAGCUUUGAGAAGCAGGUCGAGGCCGUGGUACCCAUGUUUGACCCGGACGAGUCGAUCGUAUCUAAGCUUGCGGAAAAGUCCUCGGAAAUCACUGGCUACCUUAUCGAGAUGACGCACAUUUGGUCCACCUGCCAGACUGCUAUUUCCCGGCUCGCGAGUCGGACUACCGCCUCAGAAGUCGACUUGGCGAGGGCUCAAACGAUUUCGCGGAGGGCCCGCGAGUGGCACAACUCGCUGCCUUCCAGGCUGAUGUUUGGCGGCUCGAACCUGGAGUCGGCAGCCUUCUCAGGCAAAGUGGGCUCGUUCCUGACCAUGCACCUUCUGUAUCACCACACGGUAAUCGGGCUGAAUCGUUAUCACCUCGGAGCCGCUCGCCUCCCUACUGAUGGGAGAGCCAAAUACCUCCAGGAGUGUCGGGAGCAUGCCAUGGCCAUUCUCGACAUAACCAACUGCCUCGACCGUAUUCUCCGUGUUCGGCCGACGAUUCUGAGCACUCCGCCACCUGCCAUGUCAAUGGCAAUUACUGUGGCAGUGGACGUCCUGACGGCGAGCGGUUCCAUGGCGUCCAUCAACGAGCUUAUUCAAAGCAUCCGGGUCGCCAAGACUGCCGUCGACAGCAUGGGCAAGGUCUGGGAGCACUCCCUCGUCGCCAAGGAGGCCAUCGAGCAGCGGCUGCAGAAGUUGACGCAAAUCUACCACAACCAGGGCUCGCGUCCGAGCAGCCCGACGGAGGGAUAUCGGGUGGUGCAAAGCAGCGAGGAGCCUCUCGACCCGAGGCGCCUCCAGUGGCAGAUCCCCGAGCCCAUUGAGAAACCGUAUCCCAUGGAUAUGGAUAUCGUAUAUUCCACGCUUGCUUGA